GCCCAAACUCACGCAGAUUAGUUCUCUCUUCGCGUGGUGACGUGCUGCUCUUCCUUACAAUCAAAGCAACACUUCUGGAGCGGUAUUCAUCAUCUACUUCAAAGUAAAGAAAUUUAAAAAAUGGCUCAGUUUAACAAAGGACCCGCGUACGGUUUGUCGGCUGAAGUUAGGAGUAAGAUUGCUCAGAAGUAUGACGGUCAGAAGGAGGAGGAGUUGCGCUACUGGAUCGAGGAGGUCACCGGCAUGCCCAUUGGUGAGAACUUCCAGCUGGGGCUGAAGGACGGCGUCAUCCUUUGCGAGCUGAUCAACAAACUCCAGCCUGGCUCUGUAAAGAAAAUAAACAAAUCCAAGCUCAACUGGCAUAAGCUUGAGAACCUGGGCAACUUCAUCAAGGCCAUUCUUGCAUAUGGCAUGAAGCCAAAUGACAUAUUUGAAGCUAAUGACCUGUUUGAGAACGGGAACAUGACGCAGGUCCAGACCACACUGCUCGCCCUGGCUGGCAUGGCAAAGACCAAAGGCAUGGGCACCAGGGUUGAUAUCGGUGUGAAGUAUGCAGACAAGCAGGAACGCAGUUUCGACGAAGAGAAGUUGAAGGCUGGAAACUGUGUCAUUGGCUUACAGAUGGGGACGAAUAAAUGUGCCAGUCAGGCUGGCAUGACUGCUUACGGCACCCGAAGACAUCUUUAUGACCCAAAGUCCCAAACGGACAAGCCGUAUGACCAGACUACCAUUAGCUUGCAGAUGGGUACCAAUAAGGGAGCAAGUCAGGCUGGCAUGGGUGCCCCCGGCACCCGGCGAGACAUCUACGACCAGAAGGUGUCUCUGCAACCGAUGGACAACUCCACCAUCUCUCUGCAGAUGGGCACCAACAAAACAGCCUCACAGAAGGGCAUGAGUGCUUAUGGCCUGGGCAGGCAGAUCUAUGACCCCAAAUACUGCCCCUCAACUGGGGAGCCUGGAGCCCACACCAAUGGCAGCCAGGGCACAGGCACCACCGGCUCCGAGGUCAGCGACACCGACUACCAGGCUGACUACCAAGCAGAAUACCACCAUGAGUACCAGCCGCAAUAUGACGACUAUCGUGGCCACUAUGACCAGGGUGUUGAUUAUUAGGUGGCUGAAUUACAGUGUUCAGAUCAAGAUUCCCUCUCCCCUUGUUUUUGGUUCUUAUUUCAACAGAGCAAGAUUAUUUUCCUUGCUGGCCUUACAAACUGAUGCAGAGGGAGCAAAAUGUUGCCUUAAUACUCAUUCCUGUGUAGGUUGUCAGUAUUGCAUUAUUUUAUUUUUUUCUUAACUAUGUUUUGGAACUUUUUUUUUUCUUUCUUUUUUUUUUUUAAAGUCAGUUUUAACCUGGGUGUUUGUAGAAUGCAAAGAGUGCAGCCUCGCCCUCAGAGUCUUCUUUGUCAACCUGUAAUCUAACUUGGUUUGAUUAUGGGAUGUUCAUCUCAUUCUAGCUGUCUCAGUGCUCUUGGACUCAGCUCAAGGACAAUAGGAAGGACUUGUUUACCUCUUCCUGAAAGUUUGUGUAGUUUCCCAUGCCCGGACAGGAAGUCCCUAGCUGUCCGUUUUAAGCAAAGCCUUUUAGAUUCAUUGGCCCUUUUAAUUAAUUUGAUCUAAUGUUUUUGUUACUUGUGCCAUAUCCUUCCCAUGUUUUAGACAACCUUUUCUUUUGUAUUCUGUACUUAUUGUAUUUAUUACCACUUUUACUCGAUAUGGUCCUGUCAAAUUAUUUUUUAAUGAAUAAAUUUUUACAUAUGACUUACAA